GUCACAUUCUCUUACCUUCUCUCCUCCCUCAUUUUCCCAAUCUCCAUCUUUUCUAUUCCCUCCACCUCCUCCGCAGUCACUUUGUGCUAAGAGUGGAGAUAUUUAUAGCCCCUCUCCUCUCCUUAAAUUGUAAACAACGAUGAAUAAAAGGGAGAUUUUUGCCUUUUUCCCACCUCAAACCUUGUCGCUGUUAAUUCUGACAGUUAAUUUGUAUGCAUCAUGAUUCCAGAUAUAUCAGUUUUGACAAACAUCACAGACUUAUUCCAAAAGUAAGCUGAAGUCCCACCACAGUUCUGUUAUGCUAUGGACUCCACAAUGUUGCUGUUUCACAAUGUAAUUUGUAUUUUUCUUCCGCAGCAAAGACUGUUUGGUACACAGUUGCUAAAGAUAAUACAGCGUUGCUGAGAUACAGGGGCAUCUGAGUGUCCGAAAUGCUAAAAUUGUACAGUAAAACAAGACUAAGAGUCAGCUACAGCCAUGCUAGUAGCUCUGUGAUGCUGUACUUGACCUAAAAGCUAAUGUCAGUGAGCUAACAUGCUAGGAAACUGAGAUUCUGACCUGAUGAUGGCGCUGCAGGUGAAAAGUCAUUGAUUGCCAAAGUAAUUACGAUUCAUCCUGAGGGGAACAUGAAUGCCAAAAAUCCUACACACAUACAGGCAUUAUAUCCCAUAGCCAUUUACAUAACUUGUAAAAUGUUGCGUUAUUAUAUAAAUGUUACGGUAUAUUGCUAUUACUGUUCAUUCAAACAUCUAACACCCUAGUAGGUGCAACAACAGCAAUCAAAGAAAAUCAAUAGCUGGAUAAACGUGAUAGGGGGCCUUGGGGGCAAAAAUGACCCACUGGGCCCCUUUUAACACCUCAGUUAUUUUCAUAAAGGUUUUAUUGGGAUGUAAAUCGGCCUUACAUUUUCUGUGUAGUGAAUGUGUUAAACACAUUAAUUUUGCAUUGUAAAAGAUUUGAGAACAAAACUAGAACAAUGAAGCUCACAAAAUUUGAUAGAGGGAUCCUCAUGCAGUUACAGCUGAUAACGCCGCCUGCGACCGACAGCAUUGUUGUGGCAGGGUAGCGCCAACCCUCCGGCUCCCCCUCAGAUAAACACUGUAACCUCUGUCGGCACGUUCGCCCUAGUUUGCACUGUUAGCGCUGUUAGUAGCGUAAGCUACGUGCCGCUGGCUCGCGGGUCGCCAUGUUGAGAGCCGUUGAGAGGCAAUCGAAGUGCUCCAAAUCUCAUGUCUUGUACCUUAAAGAUCGGGUAGUAAAACAGGCUCCUUCGUAAGGCCCUUCAUGUCAGAUGAUAUAUUGUUUUAGUGGUACAUAUGCCCAUAUUUCCAAACAAUGUAUCAAAUCACCAAAAAAACUAUUUGCACACAGUAAAACUGUGGCUUUUGGAGACCCCCGGGGGCCUGGAGCCCUGAGGCAGGUUGUGAUCUAGCUCCCUUUUAUGUCACUCAAUAUUACCUUUACAUUCUAGCAUCCAAGGGAAUAUUUAUUCAUCCAGAUGGUUUAAAGAGACUUCGAGGAUUCUGAAAAUACCCUCAAAUUAGCAUAGUGUUGUUCAAUGUCCAUCUGGGUAUUUGCAAAGAUUGCGCGGGUAUUUAUAUUUUUUCUGUAAAAUCUGAUGCUUGGCUCUGUGACUCAAAUGUAAAUACAUUAAAAGGAGCAAACAUGUAAAACCAACCUAGAGAAAAGCAGAAGACUGUCACAACUGAGGGGCUGAAGUGUGAUGUUGGCCAUUUUGCAUAAUAAAUUAUUAAAAAAAAAAAUAUAUAUAUAUGAAUUGUUUUUAAUAGUUUUACAAUAUUUUCUUUUGACUGACCAGUUGAUUAAUAAACGACUUGCUUCAACAAUACUUGUACUGCUCAACUCACAUGAACACAUUAUUUGAUGGACUUUCAGUGUCUUUCAGUGUGCGGUCCUUGCUCAUGUUACCUUCAGGUCCCACAGCGAGCAGCUAGCCCAACUGUGUACUGAGGCACAAUAUGAGUAGGAAACGAGGGAAAGUAAGGUGAAGUAGGAGACAAACUAAACUGAGAGUCUGUCUGCCUGUCUGUCUCUGCCAUGUCUGUCUGCCUCCGUAGGUUUCUAUUGGGUCUAUUUUUAGCCCCAGCAGACUGGUCACGUGGCAGGAGGACGACGUCAAUAAUGUUGUUGUUGGUGGUGUAAGAGAGAGAGAGAGAGAAAAAAAAAAGAGAGAGGGAGGGAUAGAGAGGCAGACUGUAAAUAUGGAGGAGGUUAAAACGAUAGGAGGCGAAACGUCCUGCUCGUUGAAGUACACGUUUUAAUGUAUAAAUAAAAGCGCAGAGGAACUCUACGACGGGGGGCGAACACACACCGAGCCUUGGCGGAGAAACCAAAGCCGAGAAGAAGCGACCUCUGCGCCAAUACGCGUUCCAGCAGGAGGACCCACCGACAUCCACGGUACCGAGAGAGCGUGCGUCCGUGCGUCCGUGCGUGUGACCGUUCACGAAGGGAUAUACCGACAGGCAGUUUUUAAAGGUUUGUCUUCGAAGCAACGGUCGCAGAGUGAGAAAGAAAAGCCGACAUUGAGAGGAAAGCCUGAUUCGUCUGUCUGACAGUCCGUCGUCUGACCCCCAACACAUGGCCGACUUAGAGGACCCACUUUAACACACGCGUGCACACAGUGGAGGGAUUGGGGAGGGUGGUCCAGGUUCGACCUUCAUGAAUUCCUCACACGCCUCAGUGGUGGAGGUGAAGAGCAGCCUCCCAUCGGGCAUGCAGAGCCCAGUCGGAACAGCAGGCGAGCAGAGAGGAGGAGGCGGAGAAGGAGGUGGGGGUCCAGGAGAAGGCCCAGGAGGAGGAGGAGGAGGCCCAGUGGAUCUGCGGACCGAGCCCAGGGUGGGGUCUCUGUCUGGGGGCGCAGCGGCGGCGGUGGACACGGCCAUGAGGGAGCAGCAGCUCCAGCAGGAACUGGUGCUCCUCAAGCAGCAGCAGGAGCUCCAGAAGCAGCUGCUGUUCGCGGAGUUCCAGAAGAAACACGAAGUGCUCACGAGGCAACAUGAGGUCCAGCUGCAGGAGCACCUGAAGGUGUGUGUGUGCAAGCAACAACAGGAGCUGUUGGCGGCGAAGCGGCAGCAGGAGCUGGAGCAGAAGAGGAAGCUGGAGCAGCAGAGGCACGAGGAGCAGGAGAAGCACCGGCUGGAGCAGCAGCUGCUGCUGCUGAGGAACAAGGAGAAGGGCAAAGAGAGUGCCAUCGCCAGUACAGAGGUGAAGCUGAAGCUGCAGGAGUUCCUUCUCAAUAAGAAAGAGCCCGGCAUCGGCGGACUGAACCAUUCCUUCUCCCCAAAGUGCUGGGGAGCCCAGCACAUCUCCCUGGAUCAGGGCUCUCCUCCGCAGAGCAACACCCCAGGAACUCCUCCCUCCUACAAACUGCCCCCGCUGCUGGGGAACUACGAGGGCAAAGACGACUUCCCGCUCCGCAAGACAGUCUCGGAGCCCAACCUUAAGGUGCGUUCACGAUUGAAGCAGAAGGUGGCAGAGAGGCGGAGCUCUCCGCUCCUCCGCAGGAAGGAUGGAACCGUUAUCAGCACCUUUAAGAAGAGAGCCAUAGAGAUAUCAGUCUCCUCUCUCUGUAACAGCGCUCCAGGUUCUGGUCCCAGCAGUCCCAACAGUUCCUACUCGGCUAUCGCCAAUGGCAACACGGGGUCGGUCCCCAACAUACAGACUGAGCUGAGAUCUCUCCAUCAGACGCUGGGGGCUGAUGGGACAUUGAGUCCUCUGAAUCUUUACACCUCGCCCUCCUUGCCGAACAUUUCCCUGGGCCUCCCUGCCAACUCACACAUCACGACCUCCCAGGCACUGUCCAACCAGCAAGAGGCUGAGCGUCAAGCCAUCCUAUCGCUGCGAGGGGGCGGAGCUCUAACAGGGAAGUUUCUCUCCACAUCCUCCCUACCCGCAGGGGUGGGGCAUGAGGUAGAGACAGCGCCCCCCAGCUCUCAUUCUGCCCAUUCCUCGUUAUUGCAGCAUGUACUACUGCUGGAGCAGGCCAGACAACAGACUGCUAUGCUAGCUGUCCCCAUGUACAGCCAGUCGCCGCUGGUUACGGCAGAGAGAGGCGUGUCCAGCAGCAUGCGGGCGGUCAACAAGUUGCCUCGCCACCGGCCGUUGGCUCGGACCCAGAGUGCACCUCUGCCCCAGUCCCCCCAGGCCCUGCAGCAGCUGGUGGUCCAGCAGCAACACCAGCACUUCCUGGAGAAACACUACAAGAUUCUAUCGAAAGUGGCGGAGCUUCCUAGGCCUCCGCCCACUCACCCGGAGGAGACUGAGGAGGAGCUAACAGAGACCAAUGACAUGCAGGAGGACGACGAAGGGGCGAGCCUACACAGGCUUCAGAAGGAGGGGUCAGACGACAGCACACCCUCCUCCGAGCGGCUCGGUGUGCACGUGAAGAGUGAGGAAGAGCAUGGGAGUGUGCACGUGAAAGGGGAGAGCACAGAGAGCGAGCUGGAUGAAGAGGAAGAAGACGACGACAUCAUCCAGCUGAGGGAGGGCGACGAAGAGGAGAGGGGUAGCUACACGCAGGCCUUGCAGCACCUGGGCGUGUUCCAGUCCCUGUUGCCCCACAGACCUCUGGGAAGAGAGCAGUCCUCCCCCGCGGCCACCGUCAAUCCCAUCAAACACCUCUUCACCACCGGGCUGGUGUAUGACAGUCUGAUGUUGAAGCAUCAGUGUGUGUGUGGCAACGCUCACAUCCACCCAGAGCAUGCUGGGAGAGUGCAAAGUAUCUGGUCCCGACUGCAGGAGACGGGCCUGCUGGGCCGCUGUGAGAGGAUUCGGGGGCGUAAAGCGUCUCUGGAUGAGAUCCAGUCCGUCCAUUCAGAGUUCCACACUCUGCUGUACGGAACCAGUCCGCUGAAUCGACACAAACUGGACCACAAGAAGCUGCUGGGUCCAAUCAGCCAGAAGAUGUACGCUGUUCUUCCCUGUGGAGGAAUUGGGGUGGACAGUGACACCGUGUGGAACGAGAUGCACUCGUCGGCGGCGGUCCGCAUGGCGGUCGGCUCCGUCAUCGAGCUGGCCUUCAGAGUGGCGGCGGGGGAGCUGAAGAAUGGCUUCGCAGUGGUGCGUCCACCAGGUCACCACGCUGAGGAGUCCACUGCCAUGGGGUUUUGUUUCUUUAAUUCAGUAGCCAUCACUACCAAGCUGCUGCAACAGAAGCUGGGCGUGGGCAAGAUCCUCAUUGUGGACUGGGACAUUCACCAUGGCAACGGCACCCAGCAGGCCUUCUACAGUGACCCCAGCGUCCUCUACAUCUCCCUCCAUCGCUACGACGACGGGAACUUCUUUCCUGGCAGCGGAGCUCCAGAGGAGGUGGGAUCAGGUGCUGGUGUUGGUUUCAAUGUGAACAUAGCGUGGACCGGAGGAGUAGAGCCGCCUAUAGGGGACGUGGAGUACCUCACUGCCUUCAGAAGCGUAGUGAUGCCCAUCGCAGAGCAGUUCAGUCCAGAUGUGGUCCUGGUGUCCGCGGGCUUCGACGCUGUGGAGGGUCAUCAGUCUCCUCUGGGAGGAUACAACGUCUCCGCCAAGUGUUUCGGUCAGCUAACGCAGCUGCUGAUGGGUCUGGCGGGCGGGCGCAUCGUUAUGGCGCUGGAGGGCGGUCAUGACCUCACGGCCAUCUGUGACGCAUCGGAGGCCUGUGUCGCCGCACUUCUGGGAGACCCGUGUGACUCUGUGUUUCAGUGGCCUCAGGAGAAGCCAUGUCCAAAAGCUUGGGCCUCACUGGAGAGAGUAAUAGAGAUCCAGAAUAAACACUGGUCGUGUCUCCAGAGUUUGUCUCAGACGAGUGGCCACUCGCUAUUGGAUGAGCCCCUGGGGGCUCAGGGCCAAUCGGAGAAGGACGAGGCAGAGACGGUCAGUGCCAUGGCCUCACUCAGUGUUGAUGUUGAGCAGCCGUGCUCGGAGCCCGACAACGCAGAAACCUGCAGGUCCACAGAGGAGCCGAUGGAAGAAGAGCCUGUGUUGUAGGAAGAGCUUAAAGGAGGAUCACACA